AUGACGACAUCACGUUUUUUGCCAAUUCCACUGUCGUCCAUUUCGUUUGAGGACAAAUUCCACUUCUCCUCCAGGCAGACUCUCCCGUACGCCAGACGCAGACGUUCUUCUCCUCCCAAAGUCGAUAUCUGGAACGUCAAAGCGCCUGAUUUCUCCAUCAGACUGUACAGGAGCGUGUCAGAGCCUAAGGAGAAGAAGAAGAUGGAAGUUCUACCAACACCUGCAGAAGAAAAGAGGGUGAAGCUGCCUAAAGUUACGGUGGAGAAGAAGAGGAGGGUGGAGAUACCGAAGUUUGAGACGUACUACAGAGCUCCUGACGCCGCAGAGGCCGAGAUGAUGUUUGUGAAGAAUGGGAAGUAUCCAAAAGAGAAGUACAAGAACCCGACUCCACACAACUUCAGACCUUUGGAUGAAGAGCUCCCACACUUCAUCACCUCCUACAACAAACACCCCGACAACCUCCAGAUCACACUCCACACUCUGGACACAAUCCACACUCCUUCACCUCCUCACACAAUCAAACAGAGGAAAUCACAGUUGGACACCUUCAGACCAGCAGAGCCGCAGUGGGACCCCAGUCUGCUGCUACCGGCUGGUCCCUGGCCUCCUAAGUCCGCCUCCUACACGAGACACAGACGCAGAAGAGGAGCCUACAGCGCCUUCUUGGAACGUGUGGAGGACAAACUCACAAGGUCCUGGCAGAAGUCAUGA